AUGGAUUAUGUUCAUAUUUUUUGUUCGGAUCUCAAGAUCUUGGACCUUUGGUCAUCUAGACAGUGGAACCUUGAAAAUAUCUAUUCUCCUCUGAAUCAGUCUCUACAGAGCAACAUUAACUCUUACAACCCAGAUGUUCAAGCUAGUUCAGAGGUCGGUUGGUGUUGGACUGGUGCAGCUUCAAAGGUUUUUGAUGCUCAUAGUGGUUAUUUGUGGCUCAGUAAGAAGAUGUUUAGUUGGGAGGAUAGGGGUAAUUGGCUUUGGCUUUGGCAUCAAUAUGUUCCAGAAAAGCACAAAUUUUUGGCCUGGCUAUGUCUUCAAGAGGCUCUUCCUACUGCUGCAUUUCAUUUUAGUAGGGGCAUUUCGCACACGGAUAGUUGUUCACGAUGUUUCUCAGGUCAGGAAUCGGUAUUACAUUGUAUUCGGAAUUGUCCAAAAGCCCAACUUGUUUGGCAAGCUUUAGGGAUCUCCGAUCAACCAGUGGAUUUGAUGAGUUGGUUCUUACAUAAUAGCAAACAACACCCCUUUAGAUUCUUUUCUGGUCUCUGGUGGAUUUGGCAUUCGAGGAAUAAUGAGAUCUUUCAUCCUCACGACCAUUGGACCACAGACAAGGUGAUUGUGGUGCUCGAGUUGGUUUUGCUUAUGUUAGCAGAGAUUGGAAAGGAAGGUGGCAACGAGGCUGUCUGGGAACAAUUGAGAGACGUAGCAUUUUGCAAGGAGAGUUGUUUGCUAUUUGGAGAGGCUUUCUUUUUAGCAUGGGACUCGGGGCAAAGAGACAUUAUAUGUGAGACAGAUUGUGUGGAGGCUUUUACUAUUGUCAAUAAUUUACAAGAUUGCUCUGGGUUUAUUGAUCCUUUGGUGUUAAAAAUUCGAGAUAUCAUGUCUUGGAAAUGGCGUGUUGAUCUUCGAUUGAUCUUGAGAGAUGCAAAUACAGUAGCAGACAUCAUGGCAAAGACCGCAAUGAGGACCCUUUCUCCCCAAGUGGAGCUUCCAUUGCCUUGGAAGGAAUUUGAGAGUAGUAUUCAGCGAAACUGCCUUUCUUAA